CUGGAAAUUGCUUUGCGUCAAUACGAUCCCACAGUGUCGUUGCCAUAUUGGGAUUCCACGCCGGACGCAAGACUGGACGAUCCCACAGCGUCAGUGCUAUGGGACGACGAAUUGAUGGGCUCUGCAGGCAGUGAUGGUACAUUGAACAGCGGCUUAUUCGCCUAUUGGCAGGCUCACUUGAAUGCGUGUCCCAGAGACCAGUACCCACCCAGAGACGCUGUUGAAUUCAUUCAUGGAUCGAACCACGUUUGGAUAGGAGGUGAUAUGAGAGUCACGACUCAAGCUACCAAUGAUCCAAUCUUCUUCCUUCACCACUGCAUGAUUGAUAACAUAUGGGAAACCUGGAGGCUAUCUAAGCAGACAAGGGCCCAACGCCAAAACGACUACCCCACGGAUAACAUUUACUGCAGCAGUCAGUCUCAUUUUGCACGAUCUAUUAUGGUUCCAUUCUCCCCGAUUGUAAACAUUGAUGGAUUAUCAAAUGAUUACACAGGUGAGCACUGUGUUUCGAAUAUUAGCCAGCCUCGUUCGGCAACUAAUCAUGUAAUUUUGCAGACAAUUUGUACUCGUACGCACCUAGGCCGAGCUGCUCCAGGUUCAACAGAGACUGCGGAUCAAGGUAGCGGUUCAAAGGGUUUUUUGCAAUUUCCAUUGAAAGCACCGGUGACAGCAUGUGGGGAAUGA